AUGGGGCAUCGCAAGCGUCGUACUCAGGAGAUCUUAGAGGAGCUCCAGGCUAAUGGGGGUCGCAUCAAAGUAUUCGAUGACAUCUACCAUGGCGAGGCUUACCUUUCUGCUGUCAACAGAGGGGAUAUUGGUGACAAUGAUAUUGUUUUGAUGUUCUCAAUGGAUGGUGUCCAACUUUACCAGGACAAGACAUCUGACUGCUGGAUAUACAUCUGGGUUAUUUAUGAUCUCUCACCUGAUCUACGCUACAAGAAGAAGUAUGUGAUCCCAGGAGGUGUCAUUCCAGGCCCAAACAACCCAGGAAAUACUGAUUCCUUUCUCUGUCCUGGUUUCCACCACUUGGUUGGACUUCAAAAGGCUGGAUUGCCAAUCUGGCAUAGCAGGAACAAAUGCCUUUUCAAGUCUUUCCCAUAUCUCUACUUGGGGAGUGCCGAUGGACCUGGGAGUGUCCACUUCACUGGUCUUGUUGGUCAUCAAGGGGUGUAUUUAUGCCGACUUUACUGUGGCUUGAAGGGCCGACAUAAGCAGGGUGCAUCUACAUAUUAUCCAGCCCUCUUAAAGCCAGAUAACUAUACCGUGGCUGGUUGCGAUCAUGACGACAUCGAUCCAGGAAGCGUCAAUGGAUGUUCUCCGGAAGAUUACCAAGCAAACCUGAAAAAACUUCUGGCAUCCAGAAAUCCUACAGACUACAAGACCCGACGAAAUGAUACUGGCAUAUCUACUCUCAGUAUAUUUAUGGCCUGUCCACCAAAGCGAAGACUGGCAGUCCCAGCAGGUUUUGGUGGUGAUUGUAUGCAUGCGGCAACCAUAAAUCUUGGUGAUUUGCUCCCACCUUUGUGGCAUGGAUUGUUUACUUGCAGUGAAACAGAUAAUGUUGCAUCUUGGGACUGGGCUGUCCUGAAUUCAGAUGCAUGGAAAUUUCACGGAGCUGCAGUGGAGAGUUGCAAACCAUUUAUCCCUGGUUCAUAUGACCGACCUCCUCGCAAUAUCGCUGAGAAGAUUUCAAGUGGCUACAAGGCCAAGGAAUUAGUGUUCGCAGGUCCAGUCUACAGGACUGAAAAUAUACAUAGGACUGAACUGGACUGA